UUUCAUUUUUUUGGGUAAGCACUUGAUAUCCAGAAAUUUAUUAUUUUUAUUUAAAAAAAAUUAUAAUUAUCCUUGGCCAAUUGGGAGACGGACUGCUCCCUUUUAUAAGCCUCACUCCGCUGAGAGUGACAGAAACACGCGCAGAGGCAGUGUCUUUCGUUUCUCCCAACUGCUAAACUCUCAUGUAUCAGUGCUGUAUAUAUAUAUAUAUAUAUAUAUACUCAUUAUACACACUGGAUUGAUCUUGUUCAUCUUAAUAGAUUAGAGGUCUGAUAAUUUAAGAUGGCCACGGGAUCGAUGAUGGCAGCAACCUCGGAGGAAACUGUGGAUUGGAUAAGCUCAGCACCGGAUGACGUUCUCAUCAUGGUAUUGUCUCGCUUACCGCUGAAAGAAGCGGCCAGAACCAGCAUUCUGUCCCGUAGAUAUAGAUACUUGUGGACACAUUCCACGAAAUUGGAUUUUGAUGCUUCUGAGACGUUGGCUCGUAUCCUCGACGACAUGUUGAUCAAAGAAAACGAUAGAGAUGAGUAUAUGAGCUGGGUCGACCAAGUGAUUGUGGCUUCCCAGGCCCCGGUCUUGGAUUGCUUCAGAGUUCGCUUUUACCUGGAUUCAAGACAUUCAGACAAGAUUGAUUCCUGGAUUAAGUUCGCCCUGGAAAGAAGAGUGCAGUCGCUUGAACUGGUCAUGAUUUCCGACCUCCGUGUGCUGUAUCCGCACUAUACUUUUCCCAGCUUUACAUGUGGCGUCGAGUUCUUGACGUCCCUUGAUCUGGUGGAUGUUGACAUCACUUCGGAAGGUCUCACAUGUUUGCUAUCGAAGUGCUUGCUGCUCGAGAAAUUCCACAUUGCACGGUCACGGAAUUUAAACCAUUUUGAGAUUGCUGCUGGUCCCCCUCUCCGGUUAAAGUGCUUAAGUAUACUCUGGGAAGUAAUAACUAUCACGAUUUCGGCCCCUACUCCCGACCUCCUGUCCUUCAGGUUUUGUGGAGGAGUGAAAAGCUUGCACAUUGAAAGCGCCCCUAAACUUAUAGAUUUAUUUAUCAACAGGCACCCUGCCCCAUUGAGCCUUGUUCUCCGACCUCUUAUGCACUCCUUCUCCCAGCUUCAGACCCUUAGUUUUUCGCUUUUCAUGGGUUGGAAAAAGGCGAUCCGCAUAACACCACUACUUCCGGAGAUGACUUGUCUGAAGCAUCUCACAUUGCGUGUUUACUCGUUUAACAGCGAUACUAGACUCCACGGCUUAACUUCCUUGAUUAAGAAAGCCCCUUCAUUACAGCGGUUAACAAUCAAGAUGAGUCGGCUAGGUGCUCGAGUAAAGUUGAAGACGAAACGAUUUCACAAGUACUCUCACCCAUCCCUUCGAGUCAUGGAAUUGAGAGGUUUUGAAGGGUCGACAAAUGACAUCGAGCUGGCGUUGUAUUUGCUCAGUAUAGCUACUUUGCCCGAAAAGCUUAUAAUCGAUCUGCGCCAUGCCUACCUAGAUGGAUACUAUGCUUUCGAGGAGCGUGCAAAACUGGAAGGGGCGGUAAAUCGUGCUUUGGAGCUUCGUUCACUGAUGGCUCCAGAGGUUCAGCUGGUUGUGAAUUUGCUAGCGGAUUCCCAAGAGGCUUGUAUGGAUUAACAAUACAAACUAUGUAGUUUUGAUAUUUAUUUAUUUAUUUAUUUUUGUGUGAACCUCGGUAUUUGAAAGCCCAACUAGGCCUCCUCUAAUCCAAUCGAUCUGGGUCGGCCCAUUAAGGGGUAAAA